AUGGUCUCUCUCAUUGUGUUGAUUGCCAUUCCAUUUAUUGGAUGGAAUCUCCAUCGAGCUUACAGUCUGUACCGGAAUUACCUCACAGCUCGGAAGUUAGGCAUCCCGAUAAUCGUGAUUCCCCUUGGUUGGCAAGAUGACUUGUGGGUUCUGACCUGGGAUUGCUUCAAAUGGAUCGCGUAUCUGCCCAGCUUUUUAAGCUGGUGGUUUGACUACAGCCGCCUCUCCUGGGAGCAGCAGUUGCGGUACCUCCCCCAUGAGAAAUAUGGCGAUGUAUUCAUCAUCGUCGCGCCACGAGGCAACGAAAUAAUAGUGAACGACCCGCAGGCCGGCUACGAAGUGCAAGCGCGCUACAAACAGUGGCUGAAGCCUGAACCUCUGUAUGAGAUCUUCAACACUUUCGGACACGGCGUCAUCUCCGUCAAUGGCGAUGACUGGCAGCGCCAGCGAAGAAUCAUCAACCCGGCAUUCCGCGAGUCGGUGCACAAACUUGUGUGGGACGAGUCACUCAAGCAGGCGAGACAAAUGCUUGAAGUCCGCAUGAACCAGCACGCCAGCAGGGGAACGCUGGACGAGGUCCGCAAGGACAGCGUCCUUAUUGCCUUACAUGUGCUAUCAUCGGCCGGGUUUGGGCACACCCACGAUUUCUCGGGCGGCCUCCGGCAGGUGCCUGAGGGCCAUUCGAAGUCUUUUUCGGAAGCACUAAUGUACCUCCUGCAAAACAUCCUGAAUGUGUACAUGUUCACGGCACUCAAGCCACUAGGCUGGGUGCGACCGCUGAAAAAUCAAGAGAUUAAGGCAACCGUCGCUGAAUUCCGGGAGUACAUGAAAGAGACAGUGGCCUACAGCCGGGCGACAACACAAGGCGGUGGCGGUGGUCUAGCAAACGACAUCGUUGGUGCACUCGUCGACGCUGACGAGGCAGCAAAGCGCGAAGAGAAAAUUGCUCCAAAUUCCGGUUUUGGAGGGAAACCCAUGCACCUUACCGAUGACGAGCUGUUUGGAAAUCUUUAUGUCUUUAAUCUUGCCGGUUUCGAAACGACUGCGAAUGCCCUGACAUACACCAUGCCAUUCCUCGCACGACAGCCUGAGAUCCAGGAGUGGGUUGCAGAAGAGAUCGAUGCGGUGACCAAGACCGGUCUUGAGCAAGACUGGAAUUACGAAUCCGCAUUCCCUGCUUUGGUCAGAUGUCUGGCCGUCAUGUAUGAGACUCUCCGACUCUGGGGACCAACCCCAGAUGCCACGCGCUGGCCUGGCGACGAAUCCCAAGUCCUCCGGGUUGGAGACAAAGACCUCGUCAUCCCACCUGAGACGUACGUAUCGACUAACAUGUACGGCAUUCACAGCGACCCGAGAUGGUGGGGGUCCGAUUCUCUCGAGUGGAAUCCCAAACGAUGGGUCACCAUCGAUCCGAAGACCGGCCAGGAGACAAUUGCCCAACCUCCAACGGGCGUUCCGUUCCUCGCCUGGAGUGUCGGACCGAGAAUCUGCCCCGGCAAGAAGUUCAGCCAGGUCGAGUUCGUGGCGGUGAUUGCGACGGUGUUGAAGUCGUACCGAGUCAAGCCGAUGAUCAUCGAGGGCAAAAUGCAGACGGAAAAGCAGGCGCGAGAUGCCUUGCUGGAGGUCGUCAACGACUCGUUCAAUAUUAUUACUCCAAAGAUGAGCCGGCCUGGAGACGCUGGUGUGAUGUUCAUUGCCCGAUAA